ACCCUCCCCCGGGUGCGGGCUCACCCUCCCCCGGGCUCCCGGCUCACCCUCCCCCGGGUGCGGGCUCGGAGCAGCGGGGCAGGCGCUGCGGUUCCCCUCCUCCCUCCCUCCCCCGGCCGGAUACACAGUGUCAGACCCGGAGAGCGAGGAGAGAGGUUUGGUACCUGCUGCAGGAAAGGCCAGGACAAGAAAGCACCAUGUCUGCAGUCUCAGCUUAUUACAAUGGAAAGACCGUUCUUAUCACGGGAGCGACGGGUUUCGUGGGCAAAGUGCUGGUGGAAAAGCUCCUGCGCUCCAGCCCGGAGGUGAAGGCAGUUUAUAUUCUUGUCAGGCCAAAGGCAGGACAAUCAAUGCAAGAGAGAGUGGCCAACAUGUUGAAAUGCAAGGUCUUUGACAGGGUCCGAGAAGAUUGCCCUAAUUUCCACGAGAAGAUUAAGCCUAUUAAUGCUGAACUCACUCAGCCCAAGCUGGCCAUCAGUGCUGAAGACGAGGAGGAGCUUCUGAGCCGGGUCAAUAUUGUCUUCCACUGUGCGGCAACUGUUCGCUUUGACGAGCCCCUGAAGCACGCCCUGCAGCUGAACGUCAUGGGCACGCAGCGGCUCCUGGAGCUGGCCCGGCAGAUGCAGAACCUCGAGGCCUUCAUCCACAUCUCCACCGCCUAUGCAAACUGCGUGCGCAAAUGCAUCGAGGAGGUCAUCUACCCGCCCGCCGAGCCCAAGAAGCUCUUCGACUUAGUAGAGUGGUUGGAUGAAUCCAUCAUUCAAGACAUCACACCCAAGUUGCUUGGGGAGUGGCCCAACACUUACACCUACACCAAAGCCUUGUCAGAAUACCUGAUCCAGCAAGAGAAAGGGAACUUGAACAUUGCUAUCAUCAGGCCAUCCAUCGUGGGAGCCAGCUGGCACGAGCCUUUCCCAGGUUGGAUUGACAACUUCAACGGGACAAGUGGAAUAUUUAUUGCGGCGGGCAAAGGGAUCCUGCGGACCGUCAUCGCCAACAACGAAGCCGUGGCCGACAUGAUCCCGGUGGACGUGGCCAUCAACCUCACCCUGGCAGCAGGGUGGUACACUGCUGUGCACAGACCAAAAAACUUGUUGGUGUACAACUGCACAACGGGUGGAAUCAACCCUUUCUUCUGGGGAGAAAUGGGGCAGUACGUCAUGUCCACGUUCAAAAGGAACCCUCUGGAGCAGGCCUUCCGAACUCCCAACGCUCACAUGACCUCCAGCUACUUGAUAAACCAGUACUGGAUCACUGUCAGCCACAAGGCGCCCGCCAUCCUCUACGACCUGUACAUGAGGCUCACGGGGAGAAAGCCCAGAAUGAUGAAAAUUAUCAAUCGACUGCACAAGUCUAUGACUCUCCUGCAGUAUUUCUCCACCCAGUCCUGGAAUUGGUCUUCAGAUAACAUGAAUAUGUUAAUGACUCACCUUAACACAGAGGACAAAAAGUUGUACAACUUCGAUGUCCGUCAGCUGCACUGGUCAGAAUACAUCGAGAGCUACUGCAUAGGGGCCAAGAAGUACUUGCUGAAUGAGGACAUGGCAGGAAUUCCAGCAGCAAAGCAGCAUUUACGGAAGCUGAGGAACAUCCGAUACGCGUUCAACACCACCCUCCUCGUCAUCAUCUGGCGCAUCUUCAUCGCCCGGUCGCAGAUGGCUCGGAACAUCUGGUACUUUGUGGUGAGCCUCUGCUACAAGUUCCUCUCCUACUUCAGGGCAUCCAGCACCCUGCGGCACUGAAGCCACCCAUCAGCAACCAGCCCCUUCCAGAGGGACCUCCAUCUCCUCUGAGCAGCGACUAUGGGCAUCGGGGUCUGACAGUAGCAGAAAAUUCCACUCCCCCCCCACCCCACAACAGCAGCUGGCAUUUGUUGUGCACUGUUAUAUGAUGUUCACCUUUUUAAUUUAACUAAUGCUUUAACACAUGGUGGUCUUUCUUCCAUAGGACCAGGCCAAUUUUUAAAGCCAUAACUGAAGCUUUAGGGGCAGGUCAAGCUGGAACCCUUCAAUUGAUGUGCAAGAGUAAGGAUUAACCAAAGUCGUUGUCUUCCCAUGUACUACCCCCUAGGCUAUCUUAAUCCCAUCUUCUUCCUCAAAAGAGGCAAAUUUAAAGCAUAGAACCUUGGCAGAAAAGGAUGCCAUCAGAGAAGACCCAGCCAAGGAAAUUAUCUUGUAAGGGGUGUUCCUAAAGAGGCUGUUUCUUCAUUCUCAUUCCGUGAAAUGGUACUACCUUAUUGAAAAAAAAAAAAACAACAAAAUUUCACUUUCCAGUUGUUCAAAACUUAGAGGGGGAAAAAGAUGAGUUACACUGGGCCAGUGAAAACACAGAAUAGUUUUCAGAUCUUGUCUUAUAUUGCUACUGAGGACUGAUGCUUUCAAGCCAUAACUGAAGACACACAUAGAAUUCAUGCACCUGUGUUAACUCACAAGCUGCUUUCUUACAGACAGGUCUUUCUUUCUCUCUGGUUUAAGGUUUCAGUCUACUAAAAAAUCCUGGUCUUGCAUUUAUCACAUUUGCUCAGAACAGUUUUGGGGUCUUGAAAAAUACUCUAUUAACUCUGGGGACGAAGAGAAGACUUUCUUAAAAGACCGAAGAAGAAUUCAGAAGCUCUUGAUUAUUUUAAUAGGUCUUUUCCCCUCCCUGGAUUUGUCUGCAGGAAACCUCUCUCCCUGUAACUCAAAACCAGCCUGAUACUGUGCUUCAUGCUUUCAUUUACAGCUAAAUCACUUCACACUUUCUUUGUCAGUGGAGGUGACCAAUUGCAAAGACACACAUGGAGGAAACACCCUCGGGCCAGUUCUGCUGUGGCAUUAAAAAGUCUGAAAGUUGGUUUUGUUGAGAAUAAAUUCCCAGUUGGACUCAGGGAUCUUAAAAGGUCCAACCUAAACAACCCUGUUGUUCUAUGGCUUCUCUGUAAAAAUAGUCCUGCACUGUGAAGCUGAGCCCAAGGAUCUUCCUAGUGCUUGUGGCUAUUGGAGACACUUGUUCCACACAGUCAAGUAGGAAUUCCUGUGGGGGCAGAGAGAGAGAGAGCUUUCUUCAAAGUAACGUGGUGCAACAGCAGCAAAUCUAUCGUGCUGUCAGAUUUCCAGAGCCAAAUCUAAUACCGAGAUAUUUUGUAUUCAGCUAACACUGAAUAAGCACUCUGAGAUCAGACUUCAAAGCAGCCAGUUUUCGAAACUCCAGUCUUGUGUCGUGCUGGCUGUCUGAAAAAGUAAUGCUACAUCACAGCAAAGUGACACAGUUGCUCUUUUGCUAGCUGAGAAUAGCAGGGUAUUUACAGAGCUGGCAUUCUUCAAAAAUUAUACUUGUUUUUGGCAGUAAAGGCAAGAGCGAGUUAUGAUGACAGUAUAUUUAUAUCUUAGGCCUUCAAGCUAGUUCAAAAGUCUUUCUAAAGGUGCAAAGAAUUUAUCUUCCCCAGAGGUCUAGUUUCAAGCAAUUCCCAAAGGAUGCCUGCAGCAGAAACACAGUGUCCAAAAUAGCAGGGCUCUGGCAUUGCCUACCACAGACCUCUCUGUUUUUCACACAUUACUCCUGAUCUGUGAUUAAUUAGAUCAAGCACCCAGUUUACAAAGAUGCAGAUUUCUUAAGCUCUUGCCUUGAAAAUGUACUUUCAAAAGGAAACUGGUGCUGGUUUUUAGCUGUGUGUUUUCCAGCUUCAGAAAGCUGGAAAGGACAUGCUGUACAAGGUGCCACUGCCUGGGAAACCUGGAGCUGUGGGUUCAGGUGCUGGGGACAGACAUUUCAUGUCCAGUGCUGCCAUAGCAGUGUCAGGGAAGGUUAGUGGCAUUAUACCUUGCUACCCUGGUGGGGCUGAGGCAGGUUGGUGUAGGGAUUCCUCCAGAAAGGCUGAAUUCCCUCAGGUACAUAAUCAGGUCAUCAGGCACCUCGCAGUCUCCUCAUCUGAAAGGCUGAAAAACCAAAGCAAAGCAAAACUGAAGAUGACUUCGAAACAAACUUCAAAAAUUCAAAAAUUAGGAAAUAAAUUCUAACUUGUAUCCUAAAAGUCUUUUUGAGAGUGCCUGCCUUAUGUACAAAGAGCAGCUAGUCCUAUGACAGACAAAAACGUGGGUGUCAGAGAAAAGUCAAAGGUGCAAACCUUGCCACGCAGACAUCAGUCAGCUCUGCUAAGAGUAAAGUGUCCCACCUCCCCUUUGCCUUCCCUGGUCAUGCCAUGCAUUCCUCACAAUAUGCCUGUAGGCAUUCACAGCUGUUUGCACAGGCUGUAUUGUCCCAGCAAGCCUCAGGUGUAUUUUUGCUCACCUGAGCAUGUCCAGACCUGUUCUCUGAACGCACAAAAAAGAUGCUCCAGGUUUCACUCAGAACAGCGGUGGUGGGAUAUUUUAGGGCUCUUCAGCCACAGCAAAACUACUGCUCAGCCCUGAAAAAAAAAAACAACAAACCAGCAGGAGCUGCUUGGGCUGUUGGAAAAACAUAGCUGUUGCAGAUGGUGUUUGCUCUCGUGGAGACCUUUGACAGCCCGCACAGCACUGCCAGCAGCUGGCUCCGGAGCUCUGGCCUUGCCUGGGGCGGAUCAAGCUGUUAGCUUGUCUAACACAGACACAGCACGCAGGGAAACUUGAAUCUCUCAUCCAUUUUCUCGUGGCUUGAGAUGCUUCCAUGUGGUCGAACCACAGAAGUGUCUCAGGAAAGCUCAGUGGAGGGGCUGGCGUGUGGCGAUGGCCCCCGGGUGCCAGUCGGGACUGUCACAGAGAGCUGUGAUGACAGAGAACUUGUUCUCACCCCAAGCAGUGACUUACCUGUGAUGGUUUACUUUGUGCUCCUCAGUGGACUUGGCUUGUGUGUGCUCUGAGGAAACCCAGGUCUUGGGGGAAAUACCUGAAAGAAAACACCGAGUGACAAGACACUUCUUUCCUUCUCUGUUCUCUUGCUCUUUCACAUACACUCACGAGCUUUUGACAAAAGAAAAGCCAAAUGCAGCUGCUACUAAGUUAAAUCAGAGGACCAUGGUGACAGAGUUAUUGCAAAAAACUGCAUUGAUCAGUGAGCUGCCAGAGUCAGAGGACUCUCCCUCAAGGAAUGGGGAAGAAGGAGAUCUAUCAGCAUAUUGACACCGGUUCAGUUUCCUGUGAUCGAACAUCCAGACUCAAAGGCUCCUCUGUCCUUUGCCCUCAAGAACAGGCAGCAUGAAGAACAAUGCUGGCAGUCACAAAAGAAAAUACCUGCCACAGGGCAGUAGGAUGGGAUUAUUUGCUGAACUUGCAGUGAUUUUACCCUCUCACAGUGGAAAUAACACGGAGCGCUGCGGAACCUCCUUUGUUAAUGCUCUGCACACACCCUGGUCUGUGGGCUACAGCUGGGAGCUGCUGUGCCAGAGCAGUGAAAUACCACUUCACUGUCACACAGCAGUGGGCAGAACCUUGCAAUUAACAACUAUCUUUUUAAUUACAUCCUGAUCACAAAAAACCAAACAACCAACAAAUCCCUAAAAUUAACCCACGCCUAAACUGCCUUUUGACUGACAACCAAACUUCCAGCACGUCUCUUACCAAAAAAAUAAAAUUCCUCACCCCUCCACACUCCUCUAUUCCAGUAACUUUGUUGAGAAGACACAAUUCUUUCUUGGUAGAGACGUGGGUAUCAGACAUACUGGUACAUUACAGAUUGUUGGCCCAUUUCCCACCUCCUCAAGAAAAUUGUUCUAUUUUCUAAGAUAACAUCAUUAUAUUUGCCUGUAUGUGCAGCUGCAUCUUUCAGCACCAGACAACAUACAAAAAUGGAAAAAAGUGGUGGAGCUCAUGCUGAAAUGCCAGGCUGUGCUUGCUCGGUGUGCCCUGUUCCACCAGACAAAGUGAUUAAAACAUACCCCAGUUCCCAGUGUAAAGGAAACCCGACCUGUAGUACUAUUAACCAGUUCAUUACCAUGGACAAGCAACUGGGAAAAGAGGGGGGGGGGGAGGGCAUCCUUUUGUUUGUAAAUAAGCUACAGCUUCAUGGUCAAAAGCAUGCUGUUGCUCUUCCAGCGUUGACGUCCCUACCGCUGAAAGCAAGGAUGAACUUUUAGUACAAUUGGAUCCUUUAUCCUAGCACAGAGUAAACCACAUACUGUACAUUCCCCAGAAGCCAAGUGGUGAAUAUCCCAUUACAUGGUGCUAAAUAUCAGUAUAAAAGGUGGUACAGACUUGCUUAAUAGAAUUAAAAUCCAAAAAAAAAAAAAACAAAAGUGUAUUUGGGGAAUAAUUAAAGAUGUACUAUCCCACUUUUCUCUACUGCUUAAAAGCCAACUAAGAAAUGAGUUGGGUUUUUUUUUU